CAAACAACUGUAAGAAUACCACCACACUCUAAGUACACAAUUCCCAAAAGAUGAAUGCACAAUCCUCAAUCAACCCUUUCUGGGGACCCCCAAGCUCCCACUCAAAUUUCUGCGAAGAGGACUACAUGAUAACCCGCUACACCGCGGAAUUUAUCAACACAUUAACAAAUCUCAUCUACGUCCUCUACGCAAUCCACGGCCUCGUCCACCUCCCGCGCAACCCUUCUCCGAGUCUCUCGCGCCGGAUCCCAUACUACGGCCUCAUCGGCGUAGGCAUCUGCUCCGCCGGCUUCCACAUGAGUCUUAAGUAUCAUACACAGAUGAUGGAUGACCUCUCGAUGCUCCUAACCACGACCCCGCUGCUCCACCGCGUGCUGACGGUUAACGCCGACCCCCGGGGUUCGAGUCUCGUGGCCAUGGCUCUGGGGUCAGCGCUUGUGGCGCUCGCGGCUGUACACGUCGCAACAGACGAAUUAAUCCUUCAUGCGGUGAGCUUUGUGGUGAGUGUGACUGUGAUCGGGGUCCGGACGAUGCAGUUGCUCGCGCGGCGGACAGUUGUGGGGUCAGCGGAGCGGAGGGCGCUCUGGCGGAUGGUGGUGUUUGGGGCUCUGAUAUUCAAUGUCGGGUAUGCUGUUUGGCUGGUGGAUGGGUGGGUAUGUGAGUGGUUGCGCGGGUGGCGGGCGCUUGUCGGGUUGCCCUGGGCGUUUCUGCUGGAGUUGCAUGGGUGGUGGCAUAUCUUCACGGGGGUGGGCGCUUAUACCUUCAUUGCGGUGAUUGAUCAUCUUGUGUCGGGGGGAGCAUACGAGGACUUCGGUGAGUCGGUGGCAUGGCCGCUAAGUCUGAUGGUUAGGCCUGGGCCAGAAGAGAAAACUGGAGGUGAGAUGUGAGUCUUCGACUCACUGUUGAUGUUUGUUAUACACCGAUCUAUUGGGGAUGAUAGUGAGCCCUCCACAUUCCAGCCCCACAUGCGCCCACAUGGCUCCCCCACAUCUCCUCCACAUGCACAAUUUGUACACAAUCCAGCUUCAUCUUCUCUGUCAAUCCUGUUUGGAUGACACUUGCCUAGAAAUUGUGAGGCAAUGGGUAACGCGGGGCCCCAGGAUGAGCCCCAAGGUAUAGAAAUUCUGGAAAUAGGUACC